AUGAUCCAGACACCAAAGGCAAGAGCAAAUACAUCUAGCAUUCGCAACGUCACUGCACCCGGCACCACCGGCACAAUUGGCCAGGAGAUCGUCAAAGCCCUGCUUCCAUGGAAGCAGGAAGCCCCGAUAUCUUUGUCACAGCUGUCCGAUAACGACAACAACGAAGUGGACUACGAGUUCCCUGCCUCGCUCACGCAGGCUCUCGCCGACCAGCACGCCAUCGUCGAAGCCUUCAACCCCAGCGCGACCAUCCACCAGGAGCGCAUCGUGCGCGCCGCCCUCGCCGCGCCCUCAGUCCAGCGCCUCAUCACCCCGGACUUCAGCAGCGACACCUUCCACCCGCACGCCAACGGGUCGACCGCGUACUGGACAGCCCUCAUCACAGGCCCAUUCUUCGAUUGGGGUAUUGCCUAG